GCGAUGUUGGCAAUUAUGUAGUUUCAUUUUUUAAACCGAUCAUCUCAUAUUUGGCCGGAUGAAUUAGGUUGCAGUUGCAUAGGGUGAACGAGGGCUUGGUGGGGCCAGGGGGGAGUGAUGUUUCUUGGGGCAGCACGCGUAGCCGGCAACUGAGAGCUGAAUACUUGAAGGAGAAGAGGGAAACAUUGCCGGCGGUGACGGAGGUGAGAGAAAAUCGGUGGCGAGGGCCAAGAUUUUGGCGAUAACGACUACGGAGAGCUAGGGGCGAGGUUUUUGCCGUUAAGGAAUUAAAAGGGCGAAGAAACAAAGAAAACAAUGUUUCUCAAAGUACAGCUGCAUUGGAAUGUCAUACUUUCCCCAGAAAGCCUAGAAGCAUGUGGUAUGAUGCUUCAACGGUCAAUAAUCAUCCGCCUUCUGGAUGACUUUGCUGUGAAAAAGGCAACUAAAGAUCUGGGGUACUAUCUUGCUGUGACCACACUCGAGAGAAUAGGAGAAGGAAAAGUAAGGCAGCAUACUGGGGAUGUGCUUUUUCCUGUUGUUUUCAGUGCUCUUACUUUCAAGAUCUGCAGGGGAGAGAUAUUGGAGGGUGUAGUCCACAAGGUUUUGAAGCACGGGGUUUUCUUGAGAUGUGGACCUGUUGAGAGUCUGUAUCUCUCAAAUCUGAAGAUGCCUGACUACCGUUACGUGCCCGGUGAAAAUCCUUACUUCUUGAAUGAUAAAAUGUCCAAGAUUGGAAAAGAUGUUGUGGUUCGCUUUGUUGUUAUUGGGACGAAGUGGCUGGAGGCAGACAGGGAAUUUCAGGCAUUGGUCAGUUUGGAAGGGGAUUAUCUAGGACCCGUUUCAUCUCCUUAAAUUUAGCUGUGAACAAAACUAGAUAAAAGGUUUCCUGGUGUUUUCUGUUAGGAUGUCCAAUCAAAACGUAACAUGGGUGUGUUUUUACUUUUAUGUAGUUAAUUUUGUGGUGUCGAACCUUAAAAGAGACUCACUUGUUAUGUCCUUGUUGUACAUUUGUUGUCAACAAACUGACCUUGUAGUGAGUGUCUUGUAUAUUUGUAUUGAUCAUCAGGGCUCUGAACCAUAAUCAUGGUCGGUAUGAUCAUGCUGUUCAUCUCUGUUACGGUCUUUUUUUAUCGAUGAAUAACUGUUGUUUAA